CGCACGCUUUCCAACCUGAAACACGGUCGCUGAAAACAUCGUGGUCUUAUACCGGCCGCGAAAAACAUUUUAAACAAUUAAAAAAAAAAAACUAAUUUCCUUUCUCUAAACAGCAUGUCAUCACGUUAGAUUUCAUUCUUUAUUUUUAUUUCAUUUUCCUUGUUAAACACUGAGAUAACUCCUCCAGGAAAUGUUAAGUGAUAAUAUCUUUUUGACCAACAAAGUUUGAUGCUUGUCUCUUUCCACUACAGUCUAACAAAAUCAAGUACAGAAAAUAAUUGUAAUGUAUUCUUUCCUGUAAACGUCGUAUGGACAUGCAACGUGGACCCUUGAACGUGAAUGCAACAGGUUACAUGAUAGAAGAAGACACAGUGCUCAAAACAUAACCCGGUAAGGAGUUCCAUCUCACAAAAACCAGUUAAACACAUUGGCAAACACAAUCCAAAAAUAAUUGAACCUAAAUGUGCUAAACUUGGAUCGCAGAGAAGUGAACCGUGAAAUUAGUAGUGCGUGAAUAAGCGACUCCGUGAUAUCGAUUACUAUUUUAAUGUGACAUUUCUGUGUUUACCGUUAAAUGCACUACAACGAGACGAAUAACAUGGAUCUAAACGAACAGAACUCUACCGGUAACGUAACCAGUACGGAAAUAAUAGAACAAGAAAUUGUGCAAGUGACAUUCUUUAUGUUGUACACUUCGAUUUUUAUAUUGGGUAUCUUCGGAAACGUUCUCGUGUGUUAUGUUGUUUUCAGAAACAAAGCAAUGCAAACAGUGACGAAUUUAUUUAUUACUAAUCUGGCAGUUUCCGAUAUUUUAUUAUGCGGUUUUGCCAUUCCGUUCACGCCUUUGUAUACAUUUUUGGGUAAAUGGAUAUUCGGAAGUAUAAUUUGUCAUUUAGUACCAUUCGCACAAGGAACAAGCGUUUAUAUUUCCACUUUAACAUUAACAUCGAUAGCAAUCGAUAGAUUUUUUGUAAUCAUCUAUCCGUUCCAUCCAAGAAUGAAGCUGUCAACAUGUAUCAUUAUCAUUCUUAAUAUUUGGUUGUUUUCAAUUUUAACAACCCUUCCUUAUGGUAUCUAUAUGAAACACAGUGAUACUACUAACGAUACUAAUCAGGAUAAUAAUAAUGAUACUAGUAGUGACCCAAACGAUACUAAAUAUUUCUGUGAAGAAAAUUGGCCAGAAGAACAAUAUAGAAAGUUAUUUGGAGGUAUUACCACAUUGAUGCAAUUCGUUAUCCCGUUCUUCUUAAUCGCAUUUUGUUAUAUUUGCGUUUCAUUGCGUUUAAACGAUCGCGCUAAAUCCAAACCGGGGACAAAAAGCUCACGCAAAGAAGAAGCUGAUCGUGAACGGAAACGAAGGACAAACCGUAUGCUUAUAGCAAUGGUCGUUAUUUUCCUCGUAUCCUGGCUCCCACUCAACGUCAUUAACAUCGUUAACGACUUCUCAGAUAAAGCAGGCCAAUGGCGUUACUAUUUCUUAAGUUUCUUUAUGGCACACGCUAUGGCAAUGUCGUCAACUUGUUACAACCCGUUUCUUUACGCAUGGCUUAACGAAAAUUUUCGAAAAGAAUUCAAACAAGUCCUACCAUGUUUUGAUAGUUCGAUUCGAAACAUAAAUUCCGGACGUAUUAGCAAUUGGAGAUCCGAACGUACGUGUAAUGGCAACAAUGAAACUCAACAAGAAUCACUUCUUCCGUCUGGCGUACAACGAGCGGUUUCUUUAAAAGAAAAACGAGUUGUUCCACCGCCACCAUUAAAGGUCGACAGCGUUGAAGUUGAGAACGUCUUGGUGUCGUCCGUUGGGGUUAUUUAUGAUUCUGCUGCUGACACCGUCAGAUUGAAUUUGAUUACCGAGGAGGAACCUCCACCGUAUGAAGCUUCCAUUAAAAUUGAAGCGUAAUUAUUU